UGUAUUGCCCUCCAAGCAGAUGUCAGUGACUGUAAUUGCCAGGCUUCAAAACAAAUAGAGACACUUAUGCUCUAAUUUUAAUUAGAGAAUUUGCUAUUUUUACCAGGAAAUGGAAAACACCCAAAAUCCAGUGCGUGUUCAUGAAUCUUGCAGUCUGACUUCAGAAGGAUCACAAAGAAAUAAUGAACUCCUAGCUUCAUCAGUCUCUUCAUAUCACCGGGGCAUACAAACUAUAUUAACCAAGAAGUAUGCAAGCAGAGCUGUGUUGCCUUCUGAUUCUUAUCAUUUGCCAAGACAAUGUAUCUCCUCCUAUGCAAAAAAGUUAGUUAAAAAUACAGAAAGAAAGCAAAAGUGUACACAGUUUCUAUUUGGCCCUAACAUUCGUCCUCAAUCGGCACUGGUAUCAAGAAGGUCAGGACAUCAAAAUUGUUCUACACAUCAAACAAAAUCAGUUCAGAGCCAUGAUGGAAAACCAGACCAACAGAGCUACAAAUCAAACAGUACAAACAAUUUCUGCCUUAUAUCACCAUCCAAGAGAAACAGACCUGUCAGUGCUCCCACAGGUCAGUUAAGAUAUACAAAAUUCUCUUCCUCAAGACUCCAGGAAGCCCAGAAGAAAUCAGCACUGUCCAAAGUUACUAAACAGCAGCCAAGGGUAAUCAAAGUAACAGCUUAUAAGAAUGGCACAAGGAGUGACUUUACUAGAGUUGCUGUACCAUCCAUUAAACUGCUGCUGGAGGAGUGCACUGAAAAGCUGAAUCUGAACAUGGCUGCACGACGAGUGUUCUUGGCAGACGGCACUGAAGCACUAGAACCUAAAGACAUACCCCAUGAUGCCGACGUUUAUAUUUCAACUGGAAAGCCCUUUUUAGAUCCAUUCAAAAAAAUUAAAGACCAUCUGUCAUUAAUGAAGAAAAUAAUCUGGACAGUGAAUGGUUUGGUUUUUCCUGCUGGUGUCAAGAAAAAGAAAACCAACCCUGUACUUCCCUGUGGCAUGAAGAGGCUUGUUGAGAAGUCCUCACUCAGAAUUUUGGCAUUUAAGAAUUGCACAGGGCAGGAUGGCUAUGAGAUAAUUGCAGAACAGAAUCAAAUUGAAAAGUUUUUAGAUGAAUGCACAAUGAAAAUGAAUCUUACUUCACCAGCAAAAUAUCUCUACAACAUACAUGGAGAAAAAAUUGAAAAUAUCAUAAAUGUUCCUGUGCUUGACAAAUGCCUGCAAAAUUCCUUCACACCUUUGCGUGGACCUGUUUGGGUCUCUAAGGGAGAAGGUUUCAGCCCCUCAGGAGCAAAGAUGUAUAUCCAGGGAGUCCUAUUGGCCUUGCACCAUCGAUUAAAGUCUGCAAAAAACUAUUGCAAACAGCUGGAUUUUGCCAUUGAUGGUCAGAAAGGGAACAUCACUGAGAGAGGCAUUCUUUCAAUGACAAAAGAAGAACUAUACUUAGAAUACGAAGAAGUGAACAAGCUUUCUGAUGAAUUACAGGCAGCCAUCCAGAGCUACAAAGGUCAUCUCUCUAAACUUGCCCCACAAUUACAAGCUGAGCAGGAACAGUGUACCUCUUACAUCUAUCAACACAUUAAAAGACUUCCAGCAAAUACAGGUCUCCCACAAGGUCUGCAGCUAAAGGGGAAUGGUACCAUGGGAGAUAGUAAAAAACCAUCUGGAGCUCAGUAUUGUAAAUGAAAAGCUGAAUAGGCAAAAAAACAAGAAAAGCAAGAGGGUUCCUUCCUGAAAUAUCUUCGAUUUCACCCACAUCAAGAUGCAAGCAGUUCAUAAUAUCAAGAUGAAGGCAGCUCACAGCAUCAAAUUGACAUUGAAAUCAAGAAAAUGUAUUCACCUACAGACACAUGUUCAACAUGCCAUUGGGAAGUUCUUUGUUGCCAUGUGCCUUCUCUAACUGUGAAACUGUUGAGUGAAACAAGAUGGGUGAGUCGAAUCGAUGCCUU